CACAUUGUACACGUGAACACAAAAUACGCGAACAUAAGCGUAGCAUUGGCGAACUCGGACGGCCUGGCUGUGUUAGGAUUCUUCGUGAAGAUUGAAGGAACAACAGACAAUACUAACUUUGACGUCAUACUUAACCCUGUACGUAAUGGCAACGUGACGUAUGACAACGAGGUUAUGAGGUAUGCAACACCCUUCCCGAUCUCCCAAAUCGUCCCCGCGACUUUCAACGAUUAUUACAGAUACCCAGGAUCGCUCACAACACCACCUUGUGCUGAAAGUGUUGUUUGGACAAUGUUCAGAGAGCCGAUAGUGAUCUCACAAGCACAGGCGCAGGUACUUCAAACCUCUCUUUACGCAAAUGAGAAAACGGCUGCAAAUAAUGUACUUAUUGGCGGCAACUAUCGUCCCCCUUUGGCCCUCAAUGGUCGAGUGGUGAAACGUACCGGUUCUGGCGCUGGCACAAUCGGCAAAAUAUCCAUCCGCGAGAUGGCAGCCUUGGUCAGUCUGAUAUGUUUUGCUAUUUUCUGGUAAAAACUUAUUUACGCGAAGGUUUCACAAUUUGUGUGUGUGACGCAUAAAUUACCUAGUUCCUUUAAACGAUACGUCAUAAUACCUAUUGUAAACAACAUAAAGAAGCGGAAUAUUAACAAAUGUGUUAGAAAAUACUUCCCUCAAUGAAAUUUAAUGAGAGGGUAAACAACGCUUUUA